ACGUGUAUUGUAGGUGGUUCUGUCAAAGAAGGCGGAAGUCUUCUGACGACAUUUGUUUUGGAAAAUAGGCAAGUGUAAGAGAAUGGAGACGAAGACGGAUACUACUCAUAAACUGGUGUUUGAGAAGGAGGGAGUGUACCUCCACACCAAUGCUAAGAGGAGUAACCAAGACACAACCCUUCCUGGGUUCAUCCGUAUAGUGGAACGGAACGGGGAGCCAGCUUUGGAGUGGAGCGCACUGGAAGACGAAGGUCGAAAUGCGCCAGCUGUUUUCUACACGAAAAAGGAUGGAGAAGGAGGGGUGGAAGACACUAACUUUGACCCUGGCUAUGAGCCAGACUGGGCCGUCAUUAGCACAGUGAAGAGAGACCGUGUCGGAGAGCAUCCCCCAGUUAAAGAGACCAGUCAGUGGUCAUUCUCUCUGCCUCUGUCGGAGCUGUACUCUCUUCGACGGUCCCGUUUCUCCCUGGGACGUAAUUUCCUGGUUCUAACCAGCAGGGGGGGUCACCCCCUACCGCCUCUGCACUUUCACCGGGGGGGCACAAGGGAGCUGCUGAGAGCGCUGCAGCGUUACAUCAUCCUGGCCCCGUCACCGGUAGAUGGGCGUCUCUUCCUAGCAUAUCCUCAUGACUCCGGGGCCCUUUCUCAGUCCUUCGAUGAGCUGCAGCUCUUUGACGAUGGAAGUUCUGACCUUGUCUCUAGGUUUAUCCAGGACCCUUAUGCCACCACCUUUGGGGGAUUCUCUAAGGUCACCAAUUUCUUCCGAGGGGCCCUACGACCCCCAGAGUCCCCCCUCCACCCCCGUGGCCACCAGGACCACCAUGGGCCCCUGCCAGCUGACGAUGAACCUGGUUUUGAGCUCAUUAACUGUGGGGCGGAGCUUGGUCCUAGACCAGAUGUAAUGAGGGGACAGCCUCUGGACAAGUGGGAGGAGUUUUUGGACCCAGAGGGACGUGUGAAGGACCCCCAGCGAAUCAAAGAGCUGAUCUUCAGAGGGGGCAUCACACCAUCCCUAAGGAAAGAUGUUUGGAAGUUUCUUCUGGGAUUCUAUCCCUGGAAUAGUACUGUGAAAGAGAGGGAGGAUAUUCUGAGGAAGAAAACAGAUGAAUAUUUCAGAAUGAAGGUUCAGUGGAAGUCAGUCAGUGAAGAGCAAGAGAUGAGGAACUCCCUCCUCAGAGGAUAUCGCAGCCUGAUUGAACGAGAUGUGAGUCGGACGGACAGACACAACGCAUUCUUCUCUGGCAAUGACAACCCAGGCCUGACUCUCCUCCAUGAUGUGCUGAUGACAUACUGCAUGUUCAACUUUGACCUGGGCUAUGUCCAAGGCAUGAGUGACCUCCUGGCUCCUCUGCUGUUUGUGACCCAGAACGAGGUGGAGUCCUUCUGGUGUCUGACAGGCUUCAUGGAGAUGGUGCACCAGAACUUUGAGGAGUCCCAGGAGGCCAUGAAGCAACAGCUCCUUCAGCUUACUCUCCUGCUGAAGGCUCUGGACCCGGAGCUCCUGGACUACCUGGACUCCCAGGACAGUGGCUCUCUGUGCUUCUGUUUCCGUUGGUUGUUGAUCUGGUUUAAAAGGGAGUUCUCCUUUGAGGACAUCCUGUCCCUAUGGGAGGUUCUUUGGACUCGUCUGCCAUGUGAAAACUUCCAUUUGCUAAUGGCCGCUUCAAUUCUGGAAUCCCAGAGAGGGGAGCUCAUUGGCUCUGACCACGACUUUAACACAAUUCUAAAGCACAUCAAUGAACUGACCAUGAAGCUGGACCUGCAGACUGUCCUGCGAGGAGCAGAAGCCAUCUACCUACAGCUGGCCUGCUGCAAAGAGCUCCCCGGGAAGGUGCAGGAGGUCAUCGGUCUGUACGUCCCGCCGAGCUCUGACGAGACCAGCCCAGAAUCCGAGUCACAUGAGACGCAGCACCUUCUCAGCCAAUCACAGACGGCAGCUACGGCAACAAGCCAAUCGAGUAGCGGCGCUGCGACAGCGGCACGCCCUCCCACUACCUACCCGUGACCGGGUGAUUGGCAGGAGGACAGGAAGGCAUGAACCCAUCUGGGGUGUUUUAUUUAGGAAGCUAUACUUAUAUUGGAUGAAACAUGGGAAUAUAUGGGUAGUAGCAGUGCAGGUGUGAUGUUACUGAACUGUCCAACAGGACUCUGUUACCAUCUCUGACAGCCAGGGGGCAUUACAGACCAAAAGGAGAUGGAAGGCCUGUUUUCAUGACUGUAUUUAACCACAAUGUUUAAACAGUCCCAUUGAAGUCCUGUCAGUUAUGUUUUACUCAUCCAUCUGUCUUGUGAGAUAUUCUUACAGUCUUUAUUAUUUUCAUCCCAAAUCCUACUUUAUGUAUAAUGCUGCUAUUUCCUGACAAAUCCUUUCAAGCCUGUGUUUCUUUUCCAGCCUGUCUGACCCUUUUUAGUUGUGUAUUGUUGUGUUCUUAAUUGCACAAGGCACAUUGUUUUGUUAGUAUUCUGUCCUCACAGCCCCUCUUGCUCACAGGUGUCAAACUCAAAGGUAACUAAUUAUGAGCUCUGCUCACCUGGUUGUCUAGGUCAUAAUCUGACAACAAGCUGCAAGGAAAAAGCAAAAACCAGCUGACACUCCUUGGAAGGAGUUUAACACCCACUCUAAGGGAUUGGAAAUGAAUGAAAGGUGUUGAUACUGACAGAACAUUGUAAUGUACUGUAACAUGGUAUAUUCCAGCUCAUUGCAGAAAUGGCAUGCCAUUUAGAGGGCGAAACAUGCAGUACUAUAAUGUUUUACCAUUUUAAUUAUCAGUAUUAUGUCAUAACAAUAUUUUCACUAUCCUGAAAUGUUGUGAAAUAAAGGUUUUAAAAGUUA